GUAUACCGUCGCUCGCGCGCACUGACGCGCUGUUUUCUCUUGCAGAUCUGUGAUUGCGCGCACAGACGCGUGUUUUGCGCGCUCGCGAGCGGACAGCAGAAUAGCGCUGGAAUGAUAUCUAUGGGCGGUGGACGAGGAAAAUGACCUUUUGUGAUAACGACGAGGACUUGAGGUUUUCGUGCUCAACGCUAGAGUCAACACACUAUUUAUGUUGAUUUAGGAAGUCUUGGUCGCUCGCGCAGCUUGGACUUUUCUUUCCAGAAAUGGACCGCGUCAAGAGUUCAAUGCAGCAAGUCCCAAACCCGAUCCCCAAAGUGCUCAGCCGUCGCGCUGGCGGUGCCAACAGUUUGGAAGUUGAAAAGGAAAACUUCGAGCGCAAUCAGGCGGUGAGCAUCAAUAAAGCCAUCAACACACAGGAGGUUGCUGUCAAAGAGAAGCAUGCCAGGACAUGUAUAUUGGGCACUCAUCAUGAGAAAGGGGCUCACACAUUCUGGCUGGCCGUCAACCGUCUGCCCCUGUCCAGCAAUGCCGUGCUCUGCUGGAAGUUUUGCCACGUCUUCCAUAAGCUGCUGCGAGACGGCCAUCCCAACGUCAUUAAGGACUCUAUGCGGCACAAGGCGGACCUAAAUGACAUGAGCAGGAUGUGGGGUCAUCUGAGUGAAGGCUAUGGGAAGCUGUGCAGCAUCUACCUCAAACUGCUCAUCACCAAAAUGGAGUUUCACAUCAAAAAUCCUCGUUUCCCAGGCAACCUUCAGAUGUCAAACAGACAGCUUGAUGAAGCGGGUGAGAACGACGUCAAUAAUUUCUUCCAGUUGACGGUGGAGAUGUUUGAUUAUCUGGAGUGUGAGCUGAACCUUUUCUUAGGAGUGUUCAGCUCAUUGGAUAUGUCUCGUUCAGUGUCUGUGACUGCAGCAGGUCAGUGUCGUCUGGCUCCUCUUAUUCAGGUCAUACUGGACUCGAGUCAUCUAUACGACUACACCGUCAAACUGCUCUUCAAACUCCACUCCUGUCUGCCAGCAGAUACUCUGCAGGGCCAUCGGGAUCGCUUCCAGGAGCAGUUUAAGAAACUGAAGAGUCUAUUCUAUCGCUCCAGUAACCUGCAGUAUUUCAAGAGACUGAUUCAGAUCCCACAACUUCCUGAGAAUCCGCCAAACUUCCUGCGGGCAUCAGCCCUCUCUGAGCACAUCAGUCCGGUGGUGGUGAUUCCAGCGGAGGCUUCAUCCCCUGAGAGUGAACACGUAGUAGAGACAGAGGACCUGGUGGACACAGACAUCCCACCUUUAACAGGCACCGGGGACAGCAAGUUUGAUGACCUCUUCGGCACCUCAGCCGCCACAGACCCGUUCAACUUCAACAGCCAGAAUGGAAUGCGCAAAGAUGACAAAGAUCGUUUGAUUGAGCAGCUCACAGCAGAGCUACAGGCCCUGAAAGAGGAGCUGGAGUCCUUUAGAUUGGAGAGUGGUCGUCUUUGUCAAGCACUACGGGGGCGGGUCAAUGAGCUGGAGGCGGAACUUGCAGAACAGACGCACCUAAAGCAGCAGGCAUUGGGUGAGAGUGAGUUUCUGAGGGCGGAGCUCGACGACCUGCGGAGGGUCAAAGAGGACACCGAAAAAGAGCAGCGCAGUCUGAGCGAAAUCGAGAGAAAAGCACAAGCAAAUGAACAACGCUACACCAAACUAAAGGAGAAAUACACAGAGCUGGUCCAGAGCCAUGCUGACCUACUUAGAAAGAACGCAGAGGUGACGCGCCAAAUGACAGUAGCUCGUGCCGCACAGGAUGAGGUGGAGAAUGUGAAGAAAGAGAUGCAGGACAGAUUAAAAGUCGCCCAGGACUCUGCCAGUCAGCAGGAAAAGGCUCAGUUAGAGCAGCUUCAAGCUCUACAAGCCGAGCUCAUGUCCAGCAGAACAGAACUAGAGACCCUGAAGAGCACCGUCACCUCCUCCCAACAGUCAAAUGAGCAGCUCGGCACUCAGCUGUCUGCUUUAGUGGCUGAGAAGGCGGGGCUUGUGGAGACCGUUUCUCGAAAAGAGGUGGAGCUGUCUGGUUUGGGGGCGGAGUUAGAGCGUUUGCAGAGCAGUCUGACCAAUGAGAGGGAGAGCGGUGUGAAAGCUGCUGAGGCUCUGCAAAACCAGCUCAAUGAGAAGGAAAGUCGUGAGCAGGCUCUGGAAAGCGAGUUGGUCUCUCUGCGCUGGGCGUCUCUGCGAGCGGCUCUGGAGGAGGCGGGAAAGAUCGUUCAGGACAGCUUGAAUCAGCUGGAGGACCCUGCACACAUCAGCUGCACCAGUUCAGCCGAUUACCUGGUGUCCAGGUGCCAGGUGGCUCUGGACUGCGUGGAGAGGCUGCGUUCGUCCAGAGACGGCUUUGUAUCAGAUAACACAGAUGUGUCUGGACUGGUGCGGGCAGUGACUCAGUUUGCUCACCUGGUGGGCGAUGUCAUCGUGCAGGGCAGCGCCACCUCCCACAUGGUGCCAGUGGAGCAAGCUGACGCAUUGGCAGACAGCGUGAAGGCGUGUGGCGCGGAGGCCCUGACGCUGCUCUGCCAGCUCAAGGAGCAGGAGUCUAUGGGGGCGGCAGACUGUAGUCGGCUGAGGACGGCACUGGAUUCUGUCAAGGCCUUGGGCGAGAAGUUGCGUCCUCGGGGUCUGGAGCUGCAGCAGGGGGAGCUGGGAGAUCUGGUGGAGCAGGAGAUGGCAGCCACAUCCGCAGCUGUAGAGUCUGCUGCCGCCAGGAUUGAGGAAAUGCUCAAUAAGUCCAGGGCGGUUGACACUGGAAUCAAAAUGGAAGUCAAUGAAAGGAUUUUGGCGUCCUGUACAGAUCUUAUGCAGGCCAUCAGAGUGUUAGUUCUGUCCUCCAAAGACCUGCAGAGGGACAUUGUGGAGAGCGGCAGGGGAGCUGCAUCUAUGAAGGAGUUUUACGCCAAAAAUUCCAGAUGGACCGAGGGUCUCAUUUCUGCCUCGAAAGCUGUGGGCUGGGGCGCAACCAUGUUGGUUGAUGCUGCUGAUCAGGUGGUGCAAGGAAAGGGCAAGUUUGAAGAGCUAAUGGUGUGUUCGCAUGAAAUAGCCGCCAGCACAGCUCAACUGGUGGCAGCAUCUAAGGUUAAAGCGGAAAAGGGCAGUUCAAACCUUUCUCGUCUCCAGCAGGCCUCUAAAGGGGUCACCCAGGCCACCGCGGGGGUCGUGGCAUCAACCAAGUCCGGCAAGUCUCAGAUCGAGGAUACAGAAACAAUGGACUUUUCUGCAAUGACGCUCACCCAGAUCAAGAGGCAAGAGAUGGAUGCACAGGUGUUGGUGUUGGAGCUAGAGACGCGGCUGCAGAAAGAGAGAGAGCGAUUGGGUGAACUGAGGAAGAAGCAUUACGAGCUUGCGGGCGUCGCGGAAGGAUGGGGAGGCGAGGAGGAAGGUAAGACGCCCGAGCUCUCUGUCAACAAAUAUGCUUAUUCCUCAAACAAACAAAUAAAAAAAAAAUCCUGGGAUAUACAGGAAGGGUGGGUGGAGAUUUCAGGCCUAAUGCUAAAGGGUUAAGUUAACUGGUGUUGUUGGCUAAUGGGUUAAGCUGAAGGGUGUAUGGUAGUUUGCUUUUAGGUAAUUGUUUCUCUUUUCUGUUUGUCUGCAGGAACGGGUUGAGACUCGUCCCGUUCUGAACCGCGUCCCUACAGAUUGGGCGCUUGAAGUCUUUAUAUACACACUCUUUCCCUUCUCCGUUUUUAUUGUACUUUUUAACUCUUUUGAUUUACUUUAUUGUACAUUAAAGCCAAAUAAAAGGUGCUUUUUUUCUAA